CACAACUUAUUAUAAUCCCUUUUCUUCUCUCUCUUUCAUGUGUGUGUGAGAUAGAGAGAGAGAGAGAGAGAGACAUUGAUUCGUUCAUUCAUUCUGUAAGAAAUACACACACACACACCCCUUAUUUUGUUUACUCUUCACUUUCACUUUCCAGUUUUUGCUGCAAUUUCCAGAGUCCGAUCCCUUUUCCGAUUUAUGAAUGGCAGCAGCAGCAGCAGCCACCGACCCAUUACUCCUCCCUACUCCUCCUCAACUCCACGAUUUCAACCUCGAUAUCUCUCCUCACUCCUUCCCAAUCCCCACCAACACCACAUAUUCUCUUCCUCUUAUUUACCAACAACACGAUUAUCUAGAUGAUGACCACCACCACCAAUCCUCCUCCCUCGAUACUCCUCCUUCUCCACCUCAUCCCCCUUCCUCUUCCUCCUGGGCCCGCAAGAAAAUUCAACGCUGCAAAACUGCCCCCGCCAUGGCUGUAAUGAAAGAUUUCCGCUCCCCCCAUCACUCUUCCAACCCCCAUCCCCAUUCCGAUUCCUCUUCUCUCCUCCGACAAGCCGCUCUUUUGCUCCUCCUCUACCUCUCCCUCGGCGUUAUUAUCUACUCUUUCAACCGGGACCAUUUCUCCGGCGCCGAGACUCACCCUGUCGUCGACGCGCUUUAUUUCUGUAUCGUCACCAUGUGCACCAUAGGCUACGGUGACAUCGCCCCCUUGACGCCGCUCACUAAAGUCUUUGCUUGUGUUUUUGUGCUCGUGGGCUUUGGAUUCAUCGAUAUUCUACUUACUGGGGUUGUCAAUUACGUGCUUGACCUGCAGGAGAAUAUGAUCCUUGCCGGCAUUAAGGCGGCGCCCCAACAGCAGGGUCAACAUCCGGAGCACAACCCCAGAUUUUCUGCCAGGAACUAUAUAGUGGACGUGGCCAAGGGCAGAAUGAGGAUUAGACUUAAGGUAGGCUUGGCUCUGGGGGUGGUCGUGCUGUGUAUUGGUAUGGGGACGCUAGUUUUGUACUUUGUGGAGCGUCUGGAUUGGGUGGAUUCCGUGUAUUUAUCAGUCAUGUCAGUGACGACGGUGGGAUAUGGAGACAGGGCAUUCAAGACUCUCCCGGGAAGAUUAUUUGCGUCCAUAUGGCUAUUAUUGUCCACGCUUGCCGUGGCCAGGGCAUUUCUAUAUCUGGCAGAAGCCAGGAUUGACAAGAGGCACCGCAAGAUCAGUAAUUGGGUGUUGCAUCGAGGUAUUACUGUGGAGGACUUGCUGGCUGCUGACAUAAACAACAAUGGCUUUAUUAGUAAAUCAGAAUAUGUGAUUUACAAGCUGAAAGAGAUGGGGAAGAUUAGGGAAAAAGAUAUCCUGCAGAUAUGCGAUCAGUUCAACAAGCUUGAUCGCAAUAACUCUGGGAAGAUUACGCUUCCUGAUCUGUUGGAGAACCAUUUAUAAUAGCAUUUGAAGUUUUCACUCUGUUUAUUCACUGAUGUAGGACAAUAGUGAUGAUACAAAUUAAGGGAAGGUUGGAGUGUACAGGUAGGUAGCUUUGGGGCAUUGAGUUUUUUGCAGUUUGUGUAUUAUUUGUGGAUUGUGUAGAAACUUUGUGAAGUGUGAAUGUGAGAUAGGUAGAGUGAUUGGGAAGUUGCUUGGCAUUGUAUAACAUAUAGAGCUGGUGAUUGGAUGAGAAGACGCAGCAUAACACAUUGGAAGUGAAAAUAAGAGAUGGUUGAAAGAUGAGAAUAAUAUGUUUGAUUACAUAUUUGGUGUGGCAAGCACAGUCAAUAUAUAUAUAUAUAUAUUUGUAUGGUUUAAAAGAGUAAGGUCAUUAUCUGAUGUGCUCAGCAGCAAAAGUCAUUGGUUGCUCUGAGUGGAUCAUGAUUUAAGUGUAAAUAUGCGGUUUCACUCACCUUGCAAAGCAUUUUAAAAAUUACUUUUACACUUGUA